UUUAUAAAUAAAUAAAAAAAAAAAGGUUCAACCAUCUGGCCUGUAAAGGUUAUUAGGGAUACAGUGAUAAAGAUGGUUACAGAAUCAACAAUUUAUACGUAAAAUCUUCUCUCUCUCUCUCUGCAAAAAUAUGGUUUCAUUUUAAGAGUCGUCUCCGACUUCUCCAAAUUCUUCCUUUUUCUUCUCUGUUUCUUUGCCCCUUUUCGCCUGUCUCUGUUUCUUUCGUUUCGCCGAAAAUGGAGAAGACCGCCGGCGAUGGCGAUUCCGAUGCCCAGGUCCCGGUUCACAUCCAAGUCGUCAAGAUCAAGAGAGAGAUCGAGAAGAUCAAGCACCCGUCGCUGCAGCAAUCCGAGAUGACCACGCAUCUUCUUCUUCGCGGGAUCUCCAUUUCCAAGUCGCGAUCGCGCUCGCCCUUAGGCCUCGCCGCCGAGAGGCCUAUCUCCGUCGGGAACUAAAUUAGGUCGCUGCCAGACUUCAGGUCGGUAUCGGUAGCCGUAUCCAAAUUAAUCUCCCCUUUUCCCCUUCCCCUUCCCCUGCUCUGCAAAAACCCUAGAUUCUUGUUUGAAAGGGAUGUAGAAGUACAUAGUUCUGGUGUAGGAUUUCGAACCUUUAAGGAUAUGGCGGCACCGCCUUCUUCUUCUUAUUCUUCUUCUUUUUCUUCUUCUUCUUCUCUGAGAAUCACUCUCUUUUCGAAGGAUUCAUGAACCAACUUCUUCCGCCUGCGGAAUUUUGAAAAUUUCAAUAAUCGAUUCUGUUGUGUGGAUCAAA